GGCAUGCCCCCCCCUCGGUCACAGCCUCCCUCUCCUCUGCGCCUCACCGGGAUCUCUCGCUACAUAAAGGCGACAUUCAGCGCUGGAUUGAUGGCAUUCGCUGCGCAGACGUAACCCGGCGUGUGCGACAGAGCCUCGGCUGUCGAUAUGAUCCGUUUAGCAUCGAAAAAUAGCUGAACAAACCUUUUUUUUUCCCGCAGCCCAUCGCAUAUCUAUCUAUCCCUCCUCUGCUCUCGUCUCCCCCCGAUUUGUCUCUCGCUUUCUCGGUUGAAAUUUGACACAACAUCCGCAAGCUUUCUCUCCCGUUCGGAUGUAGGAGAUUUGGGGUUAAUUGGCCUGGUGUUUUCCUCAACAACUUCCAGGAAUACCAGGCUAACGUUGUAGCAAAUGACUUUAGCCUUUAGCAAAUAAAGGCGCACAAAAUCCAACGCUUUUUUUUAAAACAUCCCCAACCAGUUCUUACUCCAUGAAAACGACACGUCUCUCGGCCAAAAGGUGAUCUGCGACUUUAACCAUGGCAGCUACGUUGACGGUGGAAGAAGAACAGGCAACGAGGCAGUUUCUGGAGGAGAUCAACAAAUGGACCAGUCAGCAUGGGGUGUCCCCUCUGUCCAAGGACCUGGCUGUCAAGUUUCUCAUGGCCCGAAAGUUUGACGUGCUCCGAGCCAUCGAACUCUUCCACAGCUACAGGGAAACACGACUCAAAGAAGGAAUCGUACGACUGCAGCCCCACGAGGAGCCGCUGAGGUCCGAGCUGCUCAGCGGGAAGUUCACUGUGCUGAAUGCUCGGGAUCCGUCAGGAGCGUCCAUUGCAUUAUACACGGCUAAACUCCACCAUCCGAAUAAAACGGGAAACCAUGUAGUCCUCCAGGCUCUGUUCUACCUCCUGGACCGAGCCGUGGAAAGUUUUGAAACCCAGAGGAAUGGCCUGGUGUUCAUUUAUGACAUGGCAGGAUCCAACUACACAAACUUUGAGCUGGACCUCAGCAAGAAAAUACUCAACUUAUUAAAGGGGGCGUUCCCUGCCAGGCUGAAGAAGGUGCUGAUAGUGGGGGCUCCGGUGUGGUUCAGGGUGCCCUAUAAUCUGCUCAGUCUGCUGCUCAAGGAGAAACUCAGGGAGAGGGUUCAGAUGGUUACUGCCGAGCUCAAACAACACCUGCCCAGAGACUGCCUGCCCCAGCACCUCGGGGGGCUGUUACCUCUUGACGCCCACACCAUGAACCAGCAGCUCCUGUCCGGUCAGAACGGGAGGGUGGACCCCGUGGACGAGCUGGUGUGCAUCCCAGUGGAGGAAGGGUCGGUGCACGUGCCGGGGCCCGAGUCCAUGAGGCCCCAGGAGCUGAUGGCUCACCUGGGCCGGCUGCAGCGCUCAGGGAUCCAUCAGGAGUACGAGGAGCUAAGGAAAGAGCCACCACCAGGGACCUUCCACCACUCACAAGCUUUGUACAACCAGGACAAGAAUCGCUACGGAGACGUUCUGUGCCUCGACCAGACCAGAGUCAAAUUAAAACUGCGACGAAAUGAGAGAUCCGACUACAUUAACGCGAGCUACAUGGACGGCUACAAACAGAAAAACGCAUACAUUGGUACACAAGGGCCACUGGAGAGGACAUACGGAGACUUCUGGAGAAUGGUCUGGGAGCAAAAUGUGCUGGUUAUCGUCAUGACAACCAGGACGGAGGAGGGCAGUCGGAGGAAGUGUGGUCAGUACUGGCCUCUAGAGGAGGGAGGGCAGGAGGUCUACGGACACAUCGCUGUAGUGAACCAGAGAGUGGACCAUCACCCACACUACAACCACACCACGCUGGAGCUGCACAACACAGAGACUUGUGAGCAGAGGCAGGUGAGUCACUUCCAGUACCUGAGCUGGCCCGACUACGGCGUUCCCACCUCGGCCGUGACGCUCAUCGACUUCCUGAACGCCGUGAAGAAGCAGCAGAAGAAGACUGUGAAGGCCCUGGGGCAGCAGUGGACCGGACACCCCCUCGGACCCCCCAUGGUGGUCCACUGCAGCGCGGGCAUCGGCAGGACAGGUACGUUUUGCGCUCUGGACAUCUGCCUGUCUCAGCUCCAGGACGUGGGCUCUCUGAACGUGCAUCAGACGGUGAAGAGGAUGAGGACACAGAGGGCCUUCAGCAUCCAGACCCCUGACCAGUACUACUUCUGCUACAACGCCAUUUUAGAGCACGCCCAGAGACACGGGCUGCUGCCGACCAAUCAGUGAGCUCUUAGAGACUGCACCGCUGUUCCGCUGUAGCAUUCAGACGUGUAACUCUUUAAAAAGGACCAUAUUACGCCGUUUUCUGAUCCAUGUUAUAAUGCCGUUUCCUCAUCAAACAUACCUGGAUUUGUGUUUUGUUUCAUUCAUUUCAUUUGUUCCAUUAACAUGCAAAAGUUGAGUUCAAAACACAACUCCAAGUAUGUUUCUGAUGAGGUAACAACAUUCUAACAGGUCUUAAUGCUCAUGAGAGUCAAUUUUGCGUAAUACAGGACCUUUAAACUGCAGAAAAAUGGACGCUCUUUAAUGAGGAACAAAAAUAAGCCAAGAAAAAAAAGCCUAAGUGUCUACGUAGUGCUUAUAUAAUAGUAUAAUUAAACAGGCACGUGACGAUACAUCGGAAUUAGUAUGGAAUAUAUUAAAGGCGUAAUGUGUAACUUUUCAGGUAGAGCAUCUGUUGCCUGCUUUUCUCCAUGGAGAUUAGAGCUGAACGAUUGGGUAAAAAGAUUUAAGUGUGAUUUUUACAGAUAAGCUUUUAAACACAUUUAAACAGGUCCAGAAGAAUUGACAAAAAUCCAAUUUACAAGAACGCCUUGAGUCUUUUACAGGCUGGCGCCACCAAGUGCCUCCUCUCAAUUUAAUUUCUCUCUAGUGACUAAGUCAGGAAAUAGAAUACACUAGAUGAUUCACAAAAACCAUGGAAGUGGUAGUCUGGGCACCAGCCAAUCAAGUGAAGAGCCAUACAUUAUGUGCUGGCAACAAUUCCAGAGAUGGAGGAUUUAAAGCUGGAACAAAGAGAAUGUUCAAUGAAUUUUAUCAAGUUAUUGCCCUUCUUCCUACAAGAUUUGGGAAAAGCUUAAUAUACCAGUUUUCCCUGUUAGUGACACAUUACAUAUGUCACGACUAAAUAGCAGCGACUGGUUAAAUUAAAAAAAGUACCCGCCUACCAUCGAGUGAACGAAUUCUAAUGCUGCGAGUUCAGACUGUUUCUACAAAGUGAAACCGGCUAAUUAAUCAGGUUAAUUAAACCUACCUAUAUCCAGGGAAACGAACAAGUGAUGCAACCUGGCCAAGUUACGGAUCUGAUCUGUGAAGAGGCAAACCAGUCUAUAGUAAGAAUGCAUAUUUUUGGAGAUUUUCAAGCAAUUCAAACACUAUUACAUCAAUAAAUACAAGAUGGAUAAGUUUAAUGUCUUACUGUGGAACUUUUCGGACAACUCUUUAACAACUUCAUUUAGAGAAGCAGGUGGUUGACUCUCCAUUAAAAAACUUUCCAUAGUACACCUUUAGUUCAAAACAUAAAAAUCUGAAGAGAAGCUAAAAUAAUUACAAAUUGAAUUCAUACAAGUUUUUAUAUUGUUAAUUAUUCAGUUAUGGUCUCUUUAAAUGAUCUUUUCCCCACCCAACAAUAUUCAAAUGUAUUGAAACGUGCCUGUUUAAGAGUAAGCAGUAACUAUUCAAGCACACUGAGUGACAAGAGUAAGUUUAUUGUUACAUAUUUUGUAUUUAUUUGUUUAAAAAAAGAAAAUUAACCUGAAAUAUGCCUUUAGCUUCAUCAGUGUCAUACCUCCACCACACUCCAUACAGACCACUUCAGAAACUGUCUUCUGAUAGAAUUCUAGUUUAUUUUGAUGAUUUGGAGAAUUGUGGAAAAAGAUCUCGAUUCAAAACAGUGUAUCAGGUCGUGAAACUACUUCUGCUUUGAAAGAUUAAAAGCUUUGCCUGCAGUUCAGGGAUUUCUGGUACAAAAUCUGCUCCAAAUAAAUGCUCAAAUACGUGGAAAAAUACUGUCGUCUGACCAGAAAAUGACCGAUUCACAUAAAAAGAUGCAACUUUUGACUGUUUUUGGUGUCACAUACUUACCUUUUUUAUUUAUUUGUUUCAACGUACUGCCCUUGUGCUCUUGGCCAAGGCGCUCCUCCCACUUUGCUUCUUUCAAUAUCUUUAGGUAGCUGCAACUAGGGCUGUGAUGAUACAAAAGUUUCAAAUUCUGUUUCUAAUACUAAUUUCAAUACCAUAAUGUUUAGAAACACACUUUUUUUGACAAUAUAAUAUGAUUUUCAACAAAGGUCAGAGUUGUUUUUUUAAUUGCAUCAUGUGGUCUUUAUACAAGUCUGGGUUAGGUCAAAACCAUUCUGAAACUAUUCAGGAAAGGUCUUGUUUUUUUCUUUUUUUUUUCCAGUACUAAUUCUUAAUCUUUCAGACCAUCUUAUCUUUUCUGGCUGUGUUUGCUUAUGUGUGCAUUGUGUCACCAUGGUAACCGCUAAACUUUCCGCCUUACACAUACAUGUAAAACGCCCCUCAGUUUAGCAGAUACAAUAAUUCCAAACAGGAGUGGAAAAAGGUAAUACCAUUGCAUUCUUGUUCUUAUCCGAGUACUUUUUUUGACAACUCUAGGCGCAACAGGAAGGGCAUCUGGUGUAACAAUCUCCAGAUAUUCAACCCUGCAAACAAAAAGCGUCAAUACCAAAUACCAAAAAUGCCUAAACUUCAAAUAACAGCUAAUAAUAUUUGGCUUAAAAUUAUUAUUAUCUGUCACACCCUUCUUCUUAUACACUCAAAUUCAAAACGUGGCAUCUGGUCUUUUAUAUUUUGCUCUAAUUAACUGCAUGUAUGAAUGAAGCACAACUAGUUAGAAUCAGGUUUGUACUUUUCUGAGCUGUUACUAACAUUUGACAAGAGUAAAAUGCACUUUCAUAUGUUCAGAUUCACAAAAAUGCACAAUUUCGCAUCCAGAAUGGGAGUUUGCUGUAUUGCCAUAGUCUUGCCAAAUAGAAAAUGUACGUAUGUAUAUAAAGUGCUUUUUUACCUUUAAGCCACUUAAAACUUUACAUCAAGGAACCACUCACCCAUUCACACAUACUUGUCCAGUUAUUGCUUGGAGUGAAGUAGCAAAUACAUCUCCAAAAAUGACAAAUGACAAAUUCCAAAACUAAUUAUUUCAGAGCUUUUAAACACUAAGCUGUCCCUUAAGCCCAGAGCAGCUAUUACAACAAAAACUUAAUGGAAAAAAUACUGAUGCUAACUGUAGGCAUGCUCUGUCUGAGUUUUUGUGUUAAAAUAAAGCUCAUAUUAAAGUUGAACUAUUUGACCAGAAAGAGCUGGUUUAGUAGGAACUACAACUUUUGCAAAUCUGGUUACAGCACAAAUGGUUAAGAUCGAAUAACUGGCUUGUGUGCCCUCUUGUGGCUGGAUAGAUCAUUACAAUAAUAUUGAUUAACAUUCACAAAAUACUAAACUUAUUCAGAACCAGAACUUUCUUUAAUUCUCUCUUCUUUUUUUUUUUUUUUUGACUCAAUACAUUCAAUACAAGUACCCAUUUCACAGAUUGAAAUUCAUAUUUUCUACAUUUGCAGUUGCUCCCAUCUGCUCAAACAACAUCACUGCAUUCUAGAAUCUGAAAACCACCAACUGUGACACUGAAUAUCCAUCUUAAGCAAAAAUACUGAAUUACAUUUUUGGAGAAUAUAUAUAUUGAAUACAUAUAGCUUGAUUUUGCUUCUAAAAUUGCUGCGAUCCCCUGUUAUUUUUUGUUGAUCUGUAUAAUCGCCACAAUCAUGUUGACAUCCCUAUUUGCAGCGACCCAUUGCCUUUGAUUACGCUUUAGGAAGUGAAUGUAUCGUGUCAAACCACAGAUGCCAUGAAUUCAACUGUACGCCUUCAAGUCCUCGUCUCAUGAGUUUUUAACACAAAUGGUUUCUUUGCACUUUUACAGAUUGCCUUUAUGUGCUCAGUGAUUAAAGGUCCCAUAUUACGCUAUUAUCUGAUCUAUUUUAUAAUGUUUCUUCAUCACAAACAGACCUGGAGUUGUUUUGUUUCAUUCGCGCAUUUUGACACACAAACCGUGCAUAUUUAGUUAUUUUCUCAAACAGAAAACACUCCAUGCACAUUCACUAGAAUAAUUAGUAUAAUUUUAGAUGUAAAACUACCACUUCAUUAUGACAUCACAAGGUGGAACAGCAUUUUGAGCUUUGGAGAUGUAGACAGACUAUUAAUAAAGGGCUACUCAAAAGUGUGAACAAAACAAAACACAGCUGCAGGUCUGUUUUUGAUGAGGAAGCUUUAUCACAUGGCUUAAAGCUCACGUUUUGUCAGUUUUGCGCAAUAUAGGACCUUGAAAGAUGCACUAUGUAACUUUUGUGGUAGUGCGUAUGCCACCUGUUUGUUUCUGUGACUAUGUUAAAGCUUUGCCUGGAACAUUCCGGAGUAUGGCAUCAAGCAAACAGUCACAUUCAGUUAAUUGCAAAAAUAUGCUUUGAAAAAACAUGCAGCGAGCAGUUUUGCGCCUCCAAAGAUUCUGCUUGGUCUCCAUGGUGAUAAGUAUAAUGCCGGACUGUGGAAUAUUUCAGGCAAUGAAUGCAAUAGCAAGCAAAUGGUAGACCCCUCACCAGAAAAGUUACAUAGUGCAUCUUUAUAAAUACAAUACAAUAUAUAUAUAAAAAAUAACAAUAUAAAAGCUCUAGGUCUUUGAGUAUGUGAUGUGUUAAAUGGUCUAACCUACAAGUCUUGUGUUUCUUCAGAUGUACAACUAAACAAUCUGGCUUAUUUUCUAGGGCUGUGGUCGACUAAAGACAUGUCCUGCUGAUUGAUUGGUUGACCAAAAAGGGAGGCAUGGCUAAGCUCUCAAAACUCUUAAGUGUCUCUGUAUCUAAUCUGACCCAAACUGCACUCGCAAGACUACACCUGCACGGGAGUUCAUGCAAAAACUACUAUUUAUACAGAAGAAGUACUAGGAAAAAUAUUUAUAUAAAGACAGAUUAAACUUGUCAUAUUUAAAUCCUAAUGAUUACAUAAAAUCCAAACAUUCAGAGUCAAAGAUUUUGGUGGAAGCCACGAUGGAAAUGCAAGGCAAGUUUAUUUGUACAGCACAAUUCGUACACAAAGUAAUUCAAGGCGCUUUGCAGAAUAAGAAAGACCGUGAACUCACAAUACAAACAGAACAGAACAUAAAUUUAUCAUAGAACUAAAAGAGAAGAGAGAAGAAUGUGGAUAAAAAAUGGUUAAACAACUACAGCCCUACUAUUUUGACAUUUUCUGGAUAAAAAGUGUUCUUAUUACACCCUUUAACAGCUGUUUCAAGUCUGGCUUCAACUUUCUGCACAGCGUAGUUAAUCAAAAUAAAAUCUGUAAAAUCAUGUUAGAAUGUGGUUGAAAUCUGUCUGUCAUUUGUCUAUAUAUAUAUAAAACAUGUACAGAGCCUUUAGUCUUUGUGUCAUUAUGUUGCUGGGUAAAAAAUUCUUUACUACAAAAUUCAUAUUGAAUUUGCUGGUAGUGAAGUGUUGAGUCUGCCGUGUGUUGUCCAUUCGACGAUGGACGCAAUGCCCUAUUUUUUAUUUUUCUAUUCAAGUUUCUUAGAUUUACACAAGCUAUACAGUUAUUUACAUUUAUUUUAUAUGUGUUUUGUUAUAACCUAUUACUUUAUUGUUUAGUCAUGACUAUUGAAUCAAGCUAUACUCUUAUUAAAUACAAACUUUGUGAAAGUGAA